CAGUUGUUUGUGUUGAGAGGCGUUUCACUCGGGUUUUCUCUCUCGCGCUCUCUCUGUUAUGGGGCUCACCGUUCAAGCCUAAGGGUUUAUUCUGUUUAAUUCGAGUUGAUAAAAUGAACCCAGCUUUGGAGAAGAUGAACGGCGCGGCGUUCCCGUCUCCCACAGCCGAAAUGGCCGAGAUGAACCGCAUCCACUACGAGCUCCAGUACACUGAGGGCAUCAGCCAGCGCAUGCGUGUGCCCGAGAUGCUGAAGGUCGCCCCGUACACCGGCGAGGAUAAAGACGGUCACGAGGGGCUUCACACGGCCAUGAUGCAGGUCCCCGACAGGAUCAUCGUAGCAGGAGACCACGAAGACACGCAGUUCUCCAGGCCCAGAGAUCUGGAUCUGAUCCAGUCCACGCCACUCGAGACUCUGUCCCUGAAGACUCCUCCUCGGGUUCUGACCCUGAACGAACGGCCCCUCGACUUCCUGGAGAUGGAGCAGCCCGGUGAAGAGGUACGCUCUCAGGGCAGAGCACGCAGAGAGCGCUCAGUCAGUGAAAACACAGGCGUGCGUCACAACGGCCAGGUGCCAAGAAAUGACUCCUCUGUUUCUCCUCCUUCCCCCUCCGCUCUGCGCACUCUGUCCCUCCGUCGUCCUCCCGACGAGGUCCAGGGUGUUUCCGGUGCACGCGGCGUUCUCUCCUUUCUCCAGUCCAGCACACGCCGGGCCUACCAGCAGCUCCUGGAGGUCUUGGACGAGAACCAGCGCAGUAAGCCUUCUCUGAGAGGGGGGUCCACCUCCUCUAACCUCCAACAUGACACCAGAUUUGCCCUGGCGACACUGGACACGAGUAUGGAGGGUGGAGAAGACCUGGCCCUGGCAGACGCCACAGCUUUAAGGAGACAGAUUAUCAAGCUGAACCGGCGGCUGCAGCUCUUAGAGGAGGAGAACAAAGAGCGAGCCAAGCGUGAGAUGAUCAUGUACUCCAUCACUGUGGCAUUCUGGCUCAUCAACAGCUGGGUGUGGCUCCGUCGCUGAAUCAGCGGCCACCUUGUUUCACUUAAGCUCCGCCUCCCCGCUUCAAGUGUCAAAACGUCAGCCCUGAUUUAUGCACUCGUGUCCUGAAGCCCGUGAGCCUCGCUGCCUGCACAGGACGGCUCUUUCUGCCGAAAGACACCUGUGUUUACUUUUGUUUUUUGUUUUUUUUAUCUAGACAUCGUCUUUCUUAAAGGCCAAGCAUGAACCAGGUGUUUGUACAUGUGUGUGUGUAUUCUGAUGCUUUUGACAAGAUUCAGCAUUCACAAAACCUGCUUGCGGAUCAUGUCAUGCCUGUGUCUGUUUUCACAAGCACAAGUGUAGAGAUAAACACGAAACCUUCUCCCAUAUAUGGACCUGAGGCCACGAGACGCACAAGUCUAAAUGUCUUGCUAAUAGUCGGACUGGUAGAGUAUUUAAGGAAUUGAAAUUCUCUGUAAUGUCUUGUUCGUUCUGUCUUUUUUGUGCUGGAUGUGAUGGAAUUUGAGACCAUGAUUGAUAUGAGAAGACCAUAAAUAUGUAUUAUAACUUAUAGUUCUGGCUCAUAUCCAUAUGCAGUAUAUUAUAACCACAGAGCACUUCUGUUUAAAUAAAGACCAAUGGUACCUCUCUAUA